CUUCAAAUAUAUUCUCUAAUCAAAACCCAAGACUUGGCUCCCUUCUUUUAUAAUAAUAAAAAAAGAAACAACAAUGGGAGAAGUUGACGAGAAACCAUAUAUUGACGGAGUAUCUCCGAGGCAUCAUUCUUCAAACAAAGUUGCUGAUAUAAAUACGGAACUUUCCAAGAUGAAAUCUUCUUCUCUCGAAAGCGACGUCGUUUCCCUAAAAGCCGCGCUUUUGGAGAAAGAUACCUUGGUGAAGAAUCUUCAAACCGAGGUCGAGAGAGCGAAAGAAGCAGAGAAGAAACUGCUUUCUUCGUUCGAAGAGCAAUCACGAGAGCUAGAGGAAUCCAAGGUGGAGAUCGCCUCGUUAAAAGAGAGGAUCGACGGUUCUUUCCACAGCCAAGACUCGAGCGAAGACGAUAGCUCUGUUCAAGAUUCCGAUAUCGAGUCUCUGAAGAUCGAGAUGGCGCAGGCUCACGACGCCGCAGAGGCUUCUUCUUUGAAAGUAUCUGACUUGCUCGAAGAGAUGAAGGCCGUUAAGAGCGAGCUCAAAGAAGCUAUCGAAGCAGAGAUGACGAGCAAGAAAGCGAUGGAUGAUCUGGCGCUGGCUUUGACAGAGGUGGCUACCGACUCUAGCCAGGCCAAAGAGAAGCUCGCGGUCGUUGAAACAGAGCUCGAGGCGGCGAGGUUGGAUUCCAAGGGGUGGAAGGAGAAGCACGAGGAGGCGAGGAAAGAAGCGGAGCUUCUCAAGAACACGAGCGAGAGGCUGAGGAUCGAGGCGGAGGAGUCUCUCACGGCUUGGAACGGGAAAGAGUCUGUGUUUGUUAGUAUCAUCAAGAGAGGAGAAGACGAGAAGAGCUCGCUUCUCGAUGAGAACAAUAGGUUGCUCGUGGCGCUCGUCGCGGCUGAGAAUCUGAGCAAGAAGGCUAAAGACGAGAACCAGAAGGUCAGAGACAUACUCAAGCAAGCGAUAAGCGAGGCUAACGUGGCGAAAGAGGCUGCGGGGAUCGCUAGGGCUGAGAAUUCGAAUUUGAAAGAUGCCUUGCUGGACAAGGAAGAGGAGUUGCAGUUUGCUUUGAAGGAGGUUGAGAGGGUUAAGGCUAACGAAGCUGCGGCGAAUGAGAACGUUAAGAAGCUGAAGAGGCUGUUGUCUGAGGUCGAGGUGGCUAUGGAGGAGGAGAAGCACAGGAGCUUGAGCAGGCAAGACUCGUUGCAGAAGGAAGUGGAAGUUAUUAGGGUUGAGGAUCAGAAGGAAGAGGAGAAGAAGGAGAGGAAGAGAGAGAAGAAGGAGAAGAAGAAGGAAGAGAAGGAGAAGAGAGAGCAUCAUCACAAACAAGAUCAUAUCGAUAAGAAGAUGAUCGGUAAGACGUGUAGUUUCAGUCUCAUGAAGCUAGCGCACGCUCACAACCACCAUCACAAGCACAAGGAGUCGGUAGAGGAAGAGAGUAGAGGACAAGACAACAGCAACCACACUGACGAUAGCGGUGAAGGGAACUCUCCGACUUCGGACUCGUAUCUGUUCAAGGGCUCGAUCUUUGACGUGGCGGAGACGCCACACGCGGGAGGGGCGCAGACACAUCACAAGAGGAGGUCUUCGUGUACGUUUUUGGAGGAAGUGGAGACGAUUAAUCCGGAGGAUUUGGAGAGUUUGGAGGAAGGGGAGUUGAAUGAUAAAGGAGCUGUGGCGGCAGCGAGGAAGAAGAAGGCGUUUAUUCGUAGGUUUGGGGAUCUUCUUGUUAGGAGGAAGAGCUUGAGCUUCUCUCACAAGAAAGAUUCUUCUACUGAUUCGCAGGAUAAGCAGCAGCAACCGCUGACGCCGACGUCACCGUCUCUGCCUCAACCGCCCUUGUCUCCGGAGCCCUGAAGACCAAUGUGUUUGAUCUGUUUUGCAUUUUGAUGAUACAGCAUUCUUGUGUGUUUUUGUUACUUUCUACAGGUUGAGUUUGCAUGGAUGUUUUUUCUUUUUGCUGUACAUAAAACGAGUUCAUAUUUGGUUGUUGUAAUAAUGAUUUGACCAUUUUAAUCUGCA